GACACCUGGUUCUUGGCAUCCUCGCGAAGCCUGGUCAGUUUUCGUUCCGUCCUCUCCCGCAACCGGUUCCUCCUUUCGUUAAAGUCCUUUAUUUUCCCGAGUUUCCUCACAAUUUCCCAGUGUUUUCUCUAGUGGAUUUUUAUUUUUCCGAAAUGGGCGCAGCGACAAACAGUUUGGCGCAAUGGUCGGUGACUUUGGGAGUGGUAGCGAUGGUGGCGACGGUGGCGCACUGCGCGUCGUUCGGGGCGGUGAGCCGGGAGCUCAACUACAACUCGAUCCCGGGCGGGGACAACGAGGAGAGCAACAUGGUUGAGCCGGCCCCGUUCGCCUCCCUCUCGGACUUCCUGAGCAGGAAGCAGGGCGCCAAGAAAACGGACGACGCCGCCCGGAUGAAGGCCCUGGUCAAAGCCCUCUACGCCCUCGACGCCCUCGACAAGAAGAUGGCCCAGGAGAAGGACGACGCCACCCUCGAGGAGAUCGACGCCCAGAUCGUCGGAGACGCCGGCGACGCCGUAGACGCUGGAAACGUCGAAGAAGACGAGCUGAAGGAGGAGUCGACGAGCGUGGGCACGACACCCAGCGCCGCCUCCACGACGACGGCCGCCUCCACAACCGUGGCCGCCUCCACGACGACCGCCGCCCCCGCCAGCGCCGAGCCCACCACGGAAGCACCCACCGAGGCGCCCACCGCCGCCCCUCAAACCACCCCCGCGCCCACUCUUGUUCAUGACUCGGAGGUCAACGAGUUCGUCGACGAGAUCGCCAAGCACAUCUCCACUUUCUUCCAGGGAAUCCUUCACUACUUCGACGGGCCAGGCGGAGCGGCCAACGCGACGGUGGUCAUCGAGCUGGAGGAGAAGUCCGAGGACGGGAGCGCCGAGAGCAGCGAGAGCGACAGCGACAGCGACAGCAAGGAAGAGGUCUCCACGGAGGAGGUGCCCAAGUGGCUCGUCCAGAUGUUCGAGUCCGUCGCCGCCCUCCCCCACGGCGACGAAGACAGGAGCAAGGAGUUCCGCCCCAAGGAGUCCCUCGAGUCCGAGGAACGAUAAGAGCCCCCUAGUUCCUCCGAAGGGUCCACGGACCAGGGCCCCUUGGUAUCACGAUUAGAAGGACGAGAGGACGAACGAGACUUACAUUGCAAAUGGGACAGUUCCCCCUGCGCCUGAGAUGUACAAGGAAAACACUAGUCCAGGCUCCUAUAGAAUUUCACGCAUUUAAAUCAAAAGGACUAUGUCCAUUCUGACAUGAACCUUGAGAUCCAUAUGAAUGCAUACAUAACAGGAUUCAUGUCACAGUGGAUAUGGUUCCUUUUGAUUCGAGUACGUCCAAUUAUCUCGCCUAAAUUUUGAGCGGGUACCAGCUUCCGUACAAUCAUUUCAAAUCUAUUUUCUCGGCAUCCUCCAAAAAGCAUCGUGCGUCAAAGCAGGAUUAAAAUGCUGAAUUCGUCCACUUGAAAAUGUAUUUUUACAUUUUUCGAGGUCGAAAUAUUCGUGAUAUCAACCGAGCCCUGAAAAUAGCCUGUGUGCUUUACCUACUUCAGACUGAAAAAAGAGAAGAAAAAUCUUUUAGUGAUAAGAAAUGUCAGAGCGUGAUAAUUAAAGACAGUUUCGACCGGAAUCAUCGGUCAUUUUAUGUUGUGAAUAAGUAAGCUUCACUUGAGAAGUUUCCUGCUCUAGAGGCGCGAAGGUCCUGGCUGUAAUGUCUUUUGAGUGACAAGCUUUUCAUGAAAGCAGAUUUUCUUCGGAGAUUUUAAUCCGACGACGGAUAUCAAAAAUAUGAUGAGAAGCUUAAUGUGACGUUAUUUUUUUCAUGCAUAAUUUUUAAAAAUAGUUAAAUGACAUUGGCUACGACUCACAAGCGUCCACAGGAAAUUUUCCACACUAAACUAAUACUUAAGGCUAAAUUUGAACGAGUCGUGUCUUCCCUCCUGAUUCAUUAUCGAGAAAAAUGCUUCAGUGUCCUAUUCUGCCGUGCUACGGGAAAAUGCCGUAUGAACCUUCACGCGUUGCCAAA